AUGCCGCCAACCCUGGAACUCCUCGCGGAGGACUACGCGUCAGAGGAAGACUCCGACUUCGCGCCAGAAGCUGCUGAAGCCGCCGAGGAAUCAUCAGUAUCCGACGACGACGGCGAUGAAGAAGUCGGUGACAAUACCGAGAAAUCGAAACCCGAGAAGAGGAAACGCGCCGUUGUUGACGAGGCGGAAGAUGCCGGUUACGACAAUUCUGGAGAUGAAGCAAUAAUAAAGAAGGGGGAGAAACGACAAAAGAAAGCAAAGGCAAAAGAUGUUGCCGGCGAGGAGGAGACUGGCGAGGGCGGCCUUAUCAAGACGCGCAGCCAGCGUGCUGUUGAAAAGGAGAAGCGUUCAACAGCCGCCGCGAGCGGACCGGUUACAGUCGACAUCGAUGCCCUCUGGGCGCAAAUGAUCAGCGAGCCGGUUAUACCACAGACGAGUUCAACGAAGCCAGACGAAAGCGCCGACGCAGCAAACCGCGAUGGCACGAAAUCAUCCUCCCAACAGCCAGAACCAGGCAAAUCGAAAGAUCCCGAAUCCGACUUUAUAAAGAUCAAGCGAACCUACAACUUCGCUGGCAAAGUUCACACCGAAGAGAAGCUCGUUGCCCGGGACUCCGCCGAAGCAAAGCUCUACCUCGCCUCUUUCGGAGAUGGAAUGGACGCUGCAGCCGCCGACGGAGGCGAACCAGCCGCGGAGGACGAAUCCUCUAGCACCAAGCGCAUGCCCCGAAAAGCCUUCCGGUCCGUCUUCGAGCCCAUUACCGACGCCAACUCGGCGCAUCGCUCCGAUCUCAACCUGAGCAUGGCCUCCCGCCUGCAGGCUCGCGAAGCCACGGGCAAGGACAAGGCCAAGAAGCUCAACACGGUCGAGAAGAGCAAGAUGGACUGGGCGGUGGCGGUCGACAAGAUGGGCCUCAAGGACGAGCUCGAGCUGGCGGGCAAGUCCAAGGACUCGUUUGCUGCGAGGCAGGAUUUCUUGGCCAGGAGUGAGAUGCGCAGGGAGGAGGAAGCGAGGAGAGCGAGGAUGGCGCAAGCGGGGAAGACGUGA